AUGCACAGUCCAACAGUAUUCAUACCAUACUCUGUUAUGAUUCUUCCAUUUCUCCUACUGCUCCUAUUUCUCGCUGUGAACACUUUUGCCGAUAAGCAAUCUGAUUUAUGCAUUCAAGCAUAUCCCAAUUUGCAAAUUACGUGUGCUAUUGCGUACGAGCAACGUAUUCUGCCCAACGAGCACCAAUGUAGUGAUCUGUGCUUGGAAAUGUCGGCCCAAACAUGUCAGUAUAACAGAAUAAGAAGGGAAUGCAAGUUGUAUAAUAUUGUGGUUGCGUUGCAAAGAAAGCAUUCACGACAAAAAGAACAUCACAUUACAAGUAUGGAGAUUGGGAUCAUGAGGAAAAGCAAUAAUUUAGCGAUGAAAUCAUGCGUACCAUCCAUAUCACCAGCUAUUGGCUUUCUCUUACUCUUAAAUGAUGGCUGCAGAUUGGAGCAGUCGGGUCACUCAAGUGGAAAUGUUACUUCCAAGCCAGCUCACAGCAAUGUCCCUAUGAUGAGUGAUCAUAGAAAGCCCCUGAUACCAGGUGAUAAAUUAGUAGUUCAACAGAUUAAAACAAACGUUACAAUCGAUACACGCAAGUUAGACGCGUCAACACCUUCGUAUUCCUCCACCAAUCUAUCCGAUUGCACAUCCGGUUUUUCGGCUUAUAUUGAAGUGAUCGAUGGUAUCGAAGUGGUAGCUGAAAGUUUGACAACAUUGCAAACACGUACACCUGAACUGAGCGGUGGAAAUCUUUUACCGAUCGAGUGUCACAGUGCUCAAUACGAUCGGGUCAAUAAACGAUGCAUUUUAUUCAAUGCAUCGGUUACUCCAACUGGAAAUGCUAAGUUCAUUCCGAACAAAAAUAUGAUCUAUUUCGAGAAGAUCUGUAUAUCCGAUAUGGUUGGUAGGAAGUGUGAUGUAAUUUUACGUCGCGUACCUCAGCACGUACUUGUUGGACACGCAACCGUUGUGAUCGACGCUCCAUCGCAUAAUUACUGUAUCGAAACAUGUUUACGAUCAUUGGAAAUGUUCGGUUUUACAUGUCGUUCAGCAGUACAUUUCCAUGAAUAUCCGAAAUCGAAUUGCAUUCUUAACGAACAUUCCGCGAGAACACGUCCUCAGUAUUUCAUCAGUGAGAGAGAGCAGAAGAUGGAUUAUAUUGAACUGAGUGAAUGCUUCAUCCAUGGUGCGAUACAUUCAAUCCAUAAAGAUAAUUAA